AUACUAAACUAAUAGUGCGAGGCGAGGCAUAAAGCGGCGGCGGUCUUCCAAUUGCACAUACCGAGCGCAGAUAUGGUUUCAAUCGACAACGGCGUUACAACCAACGGCCAUGGACCCGCCGCUAAAGCUGCCACUUCCGACGGGGCCCCAUCACCUCCGGCAUCCCUCUCCAACGGGGGGGCUUCUCAGCCGGAGAUUGACCCCUCUCGGAAGAGGAAACUGACCAUUCUCCCCCUGGAGGUCGGGACCCGUGUCAAUUGCCGGUGGCGGGAUGGAAAGUACCAUCCUGUUAAGGUUAUUGAGCGCCGCAAGCUCUCUUCCGAUGGAUCUAACGAUUACGAGUACUACGUUCACUACACCGAAUUUAACCGGAGACUUGAUGAAUGGGUAAAACUUGAACAACUUGAUCUUGACUCAGUGGAAACUGAUGUGGAUGAGAAGGUCGAGGACAAGGUAACAAGCUUGAAAAUGACUAGGCAUCAGAAGCGAAAGAUUGAUGAGACACAUGUGGAGGGCCAUGAGGAGCUCGAUGCUGCUAGCUUACGUGAACAUGAGGAGUUUACAAAAGUUAAAAAUAUUGCCAAAAUAGAACUUGGAAGAUAUGAGAUAGAAACUUGGUACUUUUCCCCAUUUCCUCCAGAAUACAAUGACUGUACCAAGCUGUUCUUUUGUGAAUUUUGCCUGAAUUUCAUGAAGCGGAAAGAACAACUCCAGAGGCAUAUGAGGAAAUGUGAUCUCAAGCAUCCUCCAGGUGAUGAGAUAUAUCGAAAUGGAACCUUGUCAAUGUUUGAGGUUGAUGGCAAAAAGAACAAGGUUUAUGGGCAAAAUCUAUGCUAUUUGGCGAAAUUGUUUCUUGAUCACAAGACCCUGUACUAUGAUGUCGAUCUGUUUCUAUUUUAUGUGCUGUGUGAAUGUGACGACCGAGGAUGCCACAUGGUUGGAUACUUCUCCAAGGAGAAACAUUCUGAGGAGUCCUACAAUUUAGCUUGUAUACUUACUCUUCCUCCAUAUCAGAGAAAAGGAUACGGAAAAUUUUUGAUUGCUUUUUCAUAUGAACUUUCAAAGAAGGAAGGUAAAGUUGGAACACCUGAGAGGCCGCUCUCGGACCUGGGUCUCUUAAGUUACAGGGGAUACUGGACACGUGUCCUUCUAGAUAUACUGAAAAAGCACAAAGGCAACAUCUCAAUUAAGGAGCUGAGUGACAUGACAGCCAUCAAAGCAGAGGAUAUCCUUUCGACCCUUCAGAGCCUAGAGCUGAUUCAAUAUCGAAAAGGGCAGCAUGUCAUAUGUGCAGAUCCGAAGGUCCUUGAUCGCCAUCUUAAAGCUGCAGGCCGUGGCGGUCUUGAAGUUGAUGUCAGUAAAUUGAUAUGGACUCCUUAUAAGGAGCAAAGCUGAUCAUCCCUUUAAUGUCUUGAAGUAGUUUAUGGAUCUGCCAUGUACAGAAGAUUACAAUCUAACAAACAGCAACAUUAUGAUAUGAAUAUGAUGAUGUUCCAGUCCAGCCAGAACUGACAAUAGCCAGCCACAGGCCAAGACGAGAGGAGGGAGGUCUCACUCACUGCCCGGUAAGUACUUUAUAAAUUCAAAGCAUAGCAUAGCAUUGCAUUGUAACGUCAGAAGAAUGGAUGGCGCCAUCGGCAUACAAGUGUUUUAUUUUAAGCUGUUGAAUUAGUAGUUCUUGCAUGUACCAAACCGAACCAUCUUGCAUAACAUGGGAUUGCUUCUUGUAUAUGUAUAUAUCCAGGUUUCGAAAUAGAUUUCAAUUCCAAGUUUUC